AUGGUGUCUGAACUGCAGCGCCAGUUGCAGCUGCAACGCGCCAGCAGCAGCAGCAGCAGCAGCAGCAGCAGCAGCAAGCGGGGGGUUGUCUCCUUUAUGUACGACCCUAGAGAUGCUGUAUUAAUAGACCGACAUGCUGUGCAGCAAGCAGCAGCAGCAGGUCUUGAGGUGCUGCAGCAGGAGCAGCCGCUGCUGCAGCUGUUUGAUUUCCUCUUCUCUGCAGAGUACCAGCAACAGCUGCAGCAGCAGCAGCAGACCCUGCAGCAGGAGCAGCAGCAGCUGCAGCAGCUGCGGGUUUGCUGCCGCCUCCUCUCUCCCUUCUUUCUCAGACAGGAGGCGCACUGCUGCAUAGAGCUGCUGCUGCGGCAGCAGAAGCUGCAUGCAAGAGACCCUGAGACUCUGCUGCUGCUGGCAUUGCCUUUCUAUGAUAAUUUGCUGUUCAGCCGUCUGCUGCUGCUGCUGCAGCUGCAGCAAAACUCCCCGUGGUUCCCGCUGCAGCAGCAGCAGCGGCAGCACAUGGGCCGGCCGAUAUCUCUGCAGCAAAUGCAGCGGCUGCUGCUGCAGCAGAGGGGGGCGUGGCAUGCUGUUGCUGCUGCUACAGCGGCUGCGCUGCAGCCGCUGCAGCAGCAGCUGCAGCGCUGCGGCAUCGAAGUACCGGCGAAUUUUGCUGCUGUUGCUGCUGCUGUAGACGGACAGGUGCUGCACGCCCCGCUGCUGCGGCUGUUUGCCGCUGUGGGCUCAGCUGUUGUUGCUGCUGCUGUUAGUUUGCUGCAGCUGCGGCGCCUGGUGCCGCCGCUGCUGCAGACGGUCUUCAUUGCUAUGCGGGGCUCUGCUGCUGCUGCUGCUGCAGCUGUGGUAUACCCCGAGGUUCAGCAGCAGAUGCUGCUGUUGCUCUGCCGACUCACCUCCAAGGCGCCGCUGCAGCAGCAAGCGCUGCUGCAGAUCUUUAGCUGCGUGCUGCAGCCCGUGCUGAAGCAGCAGCAGCUGCAGCAAACCGUUCAGAUGGUUGAGGUGCUGCAGCUAGUAGCGCAGCAGCAGCAGCAGCAGCUUCUUCUGCUGCAGCGGGAGCAGCUGCUGCUCCUCAGCAAAUGCGAGAAACUGACUCAAGCAGUGCAGCAGGUAUUGCUAGGGGGGUAUACUGACCUUCGCGCCCUCUUAGGACUUCUCUUCCGGUCGGCGUUGCGGCUGCUGCUAGCAGAGGCGCAGCAGCAGCAGCAGCAGCAGCAGCAGCAAGGUGGAAAAGAGAUGAGUCCUCUGGGCAGGCAGUUGCGGAGACUUUUAUUGAAGCUGUGCGCCUUGCAGCAGCAGCAGAAGCAGCAGCAGCAGCAGCUGGUGGGCGCGGCCCCUCAUGCAGUUUGUAUUGCCUUGGCUAUCAUUGAUGCCUUCUCUGCUGCUGCUGCUGCUAGCAGCAGCAAAGAUGGCAACAGCAGCAAACGCAGCAGCAGCAGCACCGGCUGCAGCAGCGGCGAUGAGACGGGCGCCAGCAGCAUCAGCCCCAGGGACCGUAGGAGCAGCAGCAGCAGCAGCAGCAGCAGCAACUACGACAACUGCAGCAGCGAACUGUCUUGUAGCGUCCCGCCGAGCUUCAUGUUGCUGCUGCAGCAGCUGCUGCAGCGGCUUGAUGCUUCCAAUCCGCUGGCUCUGCCUGCUGCUCUGACCAUUGCAGCGCAGCAGCAGCAGCAGCAACAGCAGCAGCAGCUGCAGCUCUUCCUCACCGCUACAUUUAAAGGCUUGGCCUCCGUCAACUUGCCGCUUCCGCUGCUACCUGCUGCUGCUAACCGCAGCAGCAGCGGCAGCAGCAGCAGCAGCAGCAGGGCCUCUCUCCUCUUUGCUCUGGGCUCCGAGGAUGCAAUGCUGCGGCUGCAGGCUGUCCGUGCCGCUGCUGCUGCACUGCAGCAGCAGCAGCAGCAGCAGCAGCAGCAGCAGCCGGAGGAGGAUUGCUGCAGUCAAGAGCUGCAAACGGAAGAGGCGAGAGCAGCAGCAAGUCGCCUCCGUCUGUUGGGGUUUUUGUUGCUGCAGCGCAUAGCAGAUGAUGACCACAGCGUAGCUGUUGAGGCACUGAAGGCUCUGCCGCUGCUGGCGGAGGCAGUUCCCCUCGAGGAGAGACUUGCUGCUGUGGCGGCGAAGCUGCUGCAGCUGCUGCAGCAGCUGCAGCAGCAGCCUUUCAUAUCGGCACCAGCAGCAGCACAGGCGCGCUCGCUGGCGCAGCAAAUGGCGCUGCUGCUGCUCAAGAGGCCGCAGCAGCAGCAGCUUUGCGUGCAGCUGUUGCAAGAAUGUGCUGCGCUGCUGCAGGAGGGGAGAGAGGCAGCAGCAGCAGCAGCGGAUGCCGCUGCUGCCCAAGAUGCUGAUUUGGGUGAAGAAGCAGAAGAGCAGCAGCAGCAGCAGCAGCGGCUGCUGCAGCAGCAUGCCAAUCAAGUAGUUCCUCUCGCUGUCUGUCUGUACGCUGCAGCAAAUGCGCAGCAGCAGUCUUCAGCAGCAGCAGCAGCAGAAGCCACAUCAGCAAAGGCAACCGCAGCAGUUGAUGCUGCUGGCGCUGCUGCUGAGGCGCUGCUGCGGGAAGCAGCAGCAGUGCUGCUGCCUCAGGAGGACGAAGCAAAUGCAGCAACAGCUGCACCAGAAGGAGCAGCAGACGAAGGCAGCCCCAAUCGUGUGUUUAUUCGUCUUGCGUGGGCAGCGCUGUGGGGCCCUCCUGCUGCGGCGCAGCAGCUUCCUGAAGCAGCAGCAGAAGCAGCAGCAGCAGCAGCAGCGGAGGCUGCAUCCACAGGGAAGACAGCAGCCGCAGUUGCUGCUGAGGCAGCAGCAGCAGCUGCUGCUGUCAACAGCUCGCUGCUGCCCAAUUCUACGCCGCCGCAGCUGCUCGUGCUGCACGCAGGCAGAACAUACGAAGCCAUCCUUCUUGCAGAACAGCAGCAGCAGCAGCACCAGCAGCAGCAGCAGCAGCAACACGUGAGCGCCUUGGCCUUAGGUGCUGUGUCUUCAUUCUGCAGCUUUCUUGUCUCAACUUUGCUGCCGAGCGAUGCGUCGCAGCUAGCAGCGCAGCUGCAACAACAGCAGCAGCAACAGCAGCAGCAGCUAGCAGCGCUACGGGGGCUGCUGCUGCUGGGUUUAGCGGACGCAGAAGUAUUUUCUCAUCCGCUGUCUUUGAUUGUGGGGCGCUUCGGGCAGCAGCCGCUGCUGCUGCUCUCCUUCUUAUCUGCUGCUGCAGUAGAAGCACACAGAUGCCUCAGCAGCACCAACCAGCAGCAGCAGCAGCAGCAGCAGCAGCUGGAGGAAGUUGAUGGCGAACAACCGACGGAAGAGGCUCGGCAAGAACUGCAGCAGCAGCAGCAGCAGCAGCAGCAGCAUGCUUUGCUGCUGGACGCCACGGUGCCGGUGCGGCAGCCUGCUGUUCUCAUUGAUAGCUGCGUUGCUGCUGUUGAGUUGCAGCUGGAGCUUCUUAAUGGGUCUGCAGCUGCAGCAGAAGCACCAAAAGAAGCAGCAGCAGCACCAGAGACGCCAGCAGCAGCAGCAGCAGCAACAGCAGGGCCUUUCCUUGCUGCGCAGUGCGUUGCGCUGCUGGGGUCUCCAGUAGAGGCCGUACGUGCUGCUGCAGUUGGGCUGCUGCGGCAGUUGAGGAAGCUUGCUGCUGCUGCUGCUGCUGACACCCGCAGCAGCAAGGAUGCAGCAGCAGCAGCAGCAGCAGCAGCACAAGAGACCCUUCCACUGCUGCUGUCUCUUGGCUUGGUGUCUGCUGAGUGCCUCGACUGCAGCAGCAACGACGACGUGCAAGAGCUUAUCGUUAAUGCGCGGCGAAAUUUUGCUGCAUUUGCUGCUGAGGUACUGCGCUGGCCACUGCUGCCAGUGAAGCCUUUGCAGGAGCUGCAGCAGCAGCAGCAGCAGCAGCAGCAGCAGCCUUCUCGUGCAGCGGCGGCGUACUUUGUGUUGCUGCUGCUGCUACUACCGCGGCAGCAGCAGCAGAUCCUCCUGCCUCUGCAGCGCCUGUGGGCGCCGGAGGUGCUGCUGAAGCUGCUGUUACCGCUGGCUACAGAUAUGCUGCUGCGCAUGCUCAGCAGCAGCAGCAGCAGCAGCAGCAGCAGCCCGCGGACGCCUCGUACGCGAGGGCGAGGCCGCUUAACGGGUUUGCAGACCGGGGCACCUGCAGCAGCACUAGCAGCAGCAGCUAAAGCAGCUGCUGCUGCACCAGCAGCAGAUCCGAAGGACUACGCGCUGCUGCAGCUCACGUGGCAGCAGCUGCACCUGCUUGCUGCAACUGAAUCAGGAGCAGCACAACAGCAACAGCAGCAGCAGCUAGCAGCAGGCCUCUGCGGAAAUCUAAUGGAUUCCCUGGCUGCCGCUAUUGCUGCUGCUGUGGAGCAGCAGCACACAGCAGCAGCAGCAGCAGCAGCAGAAGAGGUGGAUGCUAAGGUGCCGGAGCUCCCCGCGCCUGUGCUGGAAGCCGUUGGCGAGAUGCUGCUGCUGCUGCAGCAGCAGCAGCUGCGGUUCAUGGAGAAGCAUCGGUUGCUGCUAGUUGUGCAGCUGUCUGCAGCAGCAGCAAAGUGCCCAGGCCUUGCUGCAGUGCUGCGCAGCAAAGCUGUUGCUGCGGCAGCAGAAGCAGCUUCCCUGCCGCCGCAGCAGCUGCAGCAGCUUGCUGAUGAAAUCGGGGUGGCCACAGCAGGCACUGCAGCAGCAGCAGCAGCAACCACCCCCCGCCGCAGCAGCAAACGACUGGCUGCUGCAGAGACGCAGAAGGAAUCGAGAGAUAGCUGCAGCAGCAGCAGCCGUGGGAGCAGCAGCUGCUGCAGCGGGGCCGAUGUUAUUUUGUCUGAUGUACUUGGAGAGCUGCUGCAGCAGCAGCAGCUGCGCCUCACCUUACUGCAGCAGGAGAGUUAUGCAACGCUGCUGCAGCUCCAGCAGCACAUGUUUGAUGCUUUACAGCGGGUGCAAGCAGCAGCAGCAGCAGCAGCAGCAGCAGAUGAGGAAGCUGCGGGCCGCUGCCGGCGCGUCACUGCGCAGCUCUUCGUUUGCUGCAGCAGCCAAUUCGCAGCACUUAGAACUCGGGCGUUGCUGCAUAACAGCAGCAACAGCAGCAACAACGACAGUAGCAGCCUCUCUACCAAGGAGAAGCAGCAGCUGCAGCAAGUCAUGCAGCUGCUGCAGGAGCGCUGCAGGGCCCUUGCUGAGCAUCAGGAGCAGCUGUUAGAUGCUGCGACGUUUGCUGCUGCUCUCCGUUGCUGCUCUGCAGCAGCGGACUUCAUAAUGACCCAGCAGCAGCAGCAGCACGAGCCGCUGCUGCUGCUGCGCCAGCUGCUGCUAGAGUUCCUUUGUAGCUGCUGCAACAGCAACCCCUUCCUGCUGCUGCAGCGGCCGGCGCUGAGCUCUAUCUGCACGGUGCUGCACACUAUGGCAGGCAUUCAGCAGCAGCAGCAGGAACAGCAGCAGCAGCAGCAGCAGGACGAGGUGGAGAGGGAUCAGCAAGAAGACGGCAGCAACGGAGGCCCAGGAGCAUUUGCUGCUGAGGUGGCGGUCUGCUGCUUGGCGCCUGUUGCUGCUGCUGCGUUUAGCUCGCCGCUGCAGCAGACGUUGCAGCAGAAGCAGAAGGCAGCAGCAGCAAGGCAGCAGCUGCUGCCAAUUGCAUGCGCCCUCACACAAGCAGCAGGGGCUACGGCUCUUGAUGGCUGCGUUGCUGCGCUGCUGCUGCAGUGGGAGUGUGCUGCUGCAGCAAGAAAGAAGGAGGCGCGUCAGCAGCAGCAGCAGGAGCAGCAGCAACAGGAUGAAGAUGAAGAAGAAGCAGCUGAAGAAGCAGAAGACGAAAGCAGCAGCAGCAGCAGCAGCACAGAGUGGGAGACGCGGCAGGAUGCAUUUAGGAGCGUGCUGCAGCUGCUGCUGCAGCAGCAGCAGCAGCAGCCUGCUAUGUUGGAGCACAGAGUGGGGAAUCUGUACGGCUUUGCGCUUCUGCUGCAGUGUCAGUGCGACGCCCUUGCUGCUGCUGCUACUGCUGGAUCGCCUGCAACAGCAGCAGCAGCAGCAGCAGAAACAUUCCAAGGCGCGAAGGAGGUUGCUGCUGCUCAAGGGUUGCUGCAGCGAAGCAGACGCAUGCUAAGGUGUACGUACACCCCAUGCCACACGUUGUGGGUGUCUCAGCUGCGGGCUGCAGCAGCAAAACCAGCAGCAGCAGCUGCUGCUGCAGCAACAGCAGCGCGCGCAGCAAUCAGCUGCGUUGCAGUUGGCGCAGAGGUGUGGAGGCAUAGCAGCAGCGGCAGCAGCAGCAGCAAGGACGGCUUUGCUGCUUCGCUGGAGUCGCGUGCUGCUGCUGCGGCAGCAGUACACUCCCUCCUGGCUCUGAGGGGCCUCGCUAAGGCUGCUCUGACGCAGAAGGAGACGGGGAAGCAGCUGCUGCUGCGGCGGCAGCAGCUGCUGCGGGACUGUGCGCAUGCAGCGUUAGAGCAGAUACUCAGAGGGUGCUCUGCGGAGUUUGGAGUUCUGCUGCUGAGCAGCGACGUCUGGGUGCCGCCUGUUGUUGCUGCUGCCGAUGUGAUGGAAGUAGACGGACCUGCAGCAGAAGCAGCAGCAGCAGCAGCAGAGGACGACCUGCUGCUGUCUCUAGAGGGGCUAGAAGCAGCUGGGGCGCAGCGGCUGUUGCUGCUGGUGCAGCACAAAGUUGUGGCUGCAGUAAAAGCAGCAGUUGCAGCAGAAGCAGCAGCAGCUGAUCGGAAGCAGCAGCAGCAAAGAACCAAGCGACAGCGAGCUGUUGCUGCUGCUCUUGUUGCUGCAGGAGGACGAGGCUGGAGAGAUUUGCUACAGAGUUCUGUUGUGCGCCGCGAGGACAUCGCGCGUGUAUACGACGGCUUCCUUCGUCGCUUGAAGGCCUGCAGCAGCAGCAGCAGCAGCAAAGGAGCAGCAGCAGCAGCAGCAGCAUUGCAUCGACAGGCCUGGCGGCUGCUGCCUCCCUUGGCGCUGCUGUCUGCAGCGCAGCUGCCCUCUCCAUUUGUGACGCAUGCAGUGCCUUUGCUGCUGCAGACGCUUUCUGCUGCUGCCUCGCUGCAGCAGCAGCAGCAGCAGGAGCAACAGCAGCAGCUGCUGCAGGGAAUGACAGACGGCUGCAGGCUGCUGGUUGCGCUGGGGUUGCGGGUAGAGCGCCCGCUGACCUGCUGCGUGAAUCAACUCUUUGCUGCAGUUCUUGCUGCAGUACAGGCCGUGACAGCAGCAGCAGCAACAGCAGCAGCAACAGGUGCUCCUGCUGCUGAGGUGCUGCGCAUGCAGCAAGCCCUGUUUGCGGCGUUGUACGCUCUUGUUUGCCUCUGCGGCAGUCACAGCAUCCUGCUGUUUGGGCAGCUGCCGCAGCAGCAGCAGCAACAGCAGCAGGAGCCGCAGCAGGAGGGGAGCCUGCAGCAGCAGCUGCUGCAGCACGUGCUGCUGCAGCCACAGCUGUGUCGGCUGGCGGAGCAGCAAAGGCCUGCAGCACUAAGGGGCCUCCCCCUCGGUGAUGCCUCAGAGCUGGCAGCAGAGUCUGCAGCUCAGCAC